AUGAGUUGGUCCAGAAGGGCAUUCUUCUUCCGGACAGUCCGUGGAGGAGACAUGCCACCUUUAUAUAGUUCUAAUAACGGUCCAGCUACUACUGUGCCGCUGUCGCCGCGAACGCCUACCGGCCAAUAUACCUGUCCGACAACGACUCAAGAAAUGGAGGCGUGGAGAGAUGAAUGGAUGGACGUUGUAUGUGGAAAAUUUUGCGUGAUGGGCAAAUUUGAACUUCCUCUCUCGAGUAUUUAA